UGCUAACCGAUCAGACGCUGUCUUUGUUUUGAAAAAGGAUUGGAAAACUGGAUUUUUCCUCCAAAAAGAGAAGUUGACUCAGAUUCAUCAAGAGACUCUUUAAACUCUCAACUUUCCAACCAGUUUUGUGCUGAUCAGUACAACUGAGAAUAUCAACAGAAAUGUCACUGCACGGCAAACGAAAAGAGAUCUACAAAUACGAGGCACCAUGGACGGUUUAUGCAAUGAAUUGGAGUGUCCGACCAGACAAGCGCUUUCGUCUGGCUCUGGGAAGCUUUGUAGAGGAGUACAACAACAAGGUUCAGUUGGUGGGUUUGGAGGAAGAGAGCUCAGAGUUCGUCUGCAGGAACACUUUCGAUCACCCCUACCCAACCACUAAGAUCAUGUGGAUCCCUGACACCAAAGGAGUCUACCCAGACCUUCUGGCCACCAGUGGAGAUUAUCUACGCAUCUGGAGGGUGAAUGAUUCAGAGACUCGUCUAGAGUGUCUCCUUAACAACAAUAAGAACUCAGAUUUCUGUGCUCCUCUAACCUCUUUUGAUUGGAAUGAGGUGGACCCUAACCUGCUCGGCACAUCAAGCAUUGACACCACAUGUACAAUCUGGGGCUUGGAGACCGGGCAGGUACUGGGACGAGUCAACCUGGUAUCAGGACACGUCAAGACCCAACUAAUCGCCCACGACAAAGAGGUUUACGACAUCGCGUUCAGCCGCGCGGGUGGAGGACGGGACAUGUUUGCUUCGGUGGGGGCAGACGGAUCCGUGCGGAUGUUUGACCUCCGUCACCUGGAGCACAGCACCAUCAUCUACGAGGAUCCUCAGCACCAUCCGCUGCUCCGUCUGUGCUGGAACAAACAGGAUCCCAACUACCUGGCCACCAUGGCUAUGGACGGCAUGGAGGUGGUGAUCCUGGACGUGCGUGUGCCCUGCACGCCGGUGGCACGGCUGAAUAAUCACCGUGCAUGUGUUAACGGCAUUGCCUGGGCACCGCACUCCUCUUGCCACAUCUGCACUGCAGCGGACGAUCACCAGGCUUUGAUCUGGGACAUACAGCAGAUGCCGCGGGCGAUUGAGGACCCCAUCCUGGCCUACACGGCGGAGGGAGAGAUCAACAACGUACAGUGGGCCUCCACCCAACCCGACUGGAUCGCCAUCUGCUACAACAACUGCCUCGAGAUCCUCCGGGUCUAACACUAACCCCCCCGGAUCCCCUGAGUUUCUGUGCAAGUGUGUGUGUUGUGUGUGAGAGAGAGAGAGGCAGGUCGUGGAGGAAGAAGAGGCGAGGACUUUUAUUUUCAGACGUCGGAGUUCGAAAAGUUUCAAAAGGAAGUGGACUUGGAGACAGUUUCUGAAUUUCUAAAGGAAGAUGGAAUGUGUGUGUGUGUGUGUGCAUGUGUGUGAGUGUGUGUAUCCAUUGGCGUUUGAGAGUGGAAGGAUUUCUGUGUGUGUGUGUAUUAGAGUCAUAGCAUUUUUUUUUAAAGACAGGUCAGGACUCAGUGCUCUGGGAUAAGACGACUUCUCCAGUGCUGUCUUGGAGCGUUGGAGACUAAUCAGCCUGAUAAUUAUCCAGUAUUAUGAGGUCAUUGAAAUAUUUUGGGAAAGUCAGAUAUCCUUUCAGCCCCACUCUCUACCCCAAAAGGGAACUUGGCGAAAUUUGGUGUUACUGCGGUAAACAUUCCUAGGAUUUACAUCAGAAUUGAUUUUCAUCUCUGAAAACAGCUCAGCAUGAAAAAUCAACGUGACAAAUAUCCUUAAAUGGUUAUAAUGUAAAACACCCUCGCUCCCUUUGCACUCUCCUGUUUUUGACUCCAUACAGGGAGAGAGUUUUUUUUUUUUUUUGAUCAUUCUCUCGGCACAUGAUAUUAUGUAGGCUGUUAUCCGUAACGAUUGCAGGUUAACAGCCAAUAAUACAAGAAACACGGCUCCCUAAACGUAUUGUUCGGGUUGGACCGAAACCCUUUUCGGUAGCUCAGUUUGGAAUUCUAGGACGAGACCGACUACUUUGCAAAUGAUCUGACAUCCAAGGGUUUCAAAUCAUAUAAUCUCAACACUAGACCCUGGAUUGAAUUAGGACCUAAACUAG